GAUGGUUUAACAGUCUACCCAGCACAGCGUCAUCUUGUCUCCCUACCAGGAAGCAGGCUGUGAGCCAAGGGGAAGGCAGAGGACAGAUAUGAGCGUGUCCCCAAGAUUUCCUGGUGGUUUAUGGCAUUCUCCAAACUCCUAUGCAAGGUCUGUGCCUGACCAAGAAGACCCAAGGAGACCUUCUCAGAAAUCAAGUCCGGAUGAAGAACUAAGAGAAAAAAAGUGAAUAUGGUUUUUGCUCACAGAAUGGAUCACAGCAAGCCACCUUUGGUUAUUCCUACACCCCUGGUGUCCCUCCAGAACCACAGCUGCACUGAAACAGCCACGCCUCUGCCAAGCCAUGACCUGAUGGAUUUAUAUGAGGAGCCCAACUGGAUGAGCAACAGAACAGACCUUCAAUAUGGACUGAAACCGGGGGAAGUGGCCACAGCCAGCAUUUUCUUUGGGGCUCUGUGGUUGUUUUCUAUCUUUGGCAACUCCCUGGUUUGUUUGGUUAUCCAUAGGAGCAGGAGGACUCAGUCUACCACCAACUACUUUGUGGUCUCCAUGGCCUGUGCUGACCUUCUCAUAAGCGUGGCCAGCACUCCAUUUGUCCUGCUCCAGUUCACCACUGGAAGGUGGACAUUGGGUACCGCAAUGUGCAAGAUGGUGCGAUACUUUCAAUAUCUCACCCCAGGUGUCCAGAUCUACGUUCUCCUCUCCAUCUGCAUUGACCGGUUCUACACCAUUGUCUACCCACUGAGCUUCAAGGUGUCCAGAGAAAAAGCCAAGAAAAUGAUUGCAGCAUCAUGGAUCUUUGAUGCAGCCUUUGUGACCCCUGUGUUCUUUUUCUAUGGCUCCAACUGGGACAGUCACUGUAACUAUUUCCUCCCUUCCUCUUGGGAAGGAACUGCUUACACUGUCAUCCACUUCUUGGUGGGCUUUGUGAUUCCAUCUGUCCUCAUAAUCUUAUUUUACCAGAAGGUCAUAAAGUAUAUUUGGAGGAUAGGUACUGAUGGCCGAACAGUGAGGAGGACAAUGAACAUUGUCCCAAGGACAAAAGUGAAAACAGUCAAGAUGUUCCUCAUUUUAAAUCUGUUGUUCUUGUUUUCUUGGCUGCCUUUUCAUGUAGUUCAGCUGUGGCACCCCCAUGAACAUGAUUAUAAGAAAAGUUCCCUUGUUUUCACAGCUGUCACAUGGAUAUCCUUUAGUUCUUCAGCCUCUAAACCUACUCUGUAUUCAAUUUAUAAUGCCAAUUUUAGGAGAGGAAUGAAAGAGACUUUUUGCAUGUCCUCAAUGAAAUGUUACCGAAGCAAUGCCUAUACUAUCACAACAAGUUCAAGGAUGGCCAAAAAGAACUAUGUUGGCAUUUCAGAAAUCCCUCCCAUAGCCAAAACUGUAACCAAAGACUCAAUCUAUGAUUCAUUUGACAGAGAAGCCAAGGAAAAGAAGCUUGCUUGGCCCAUUAACUCAAAUCCACCAAAUACUUUUGUCUGAUUUCUCAGAAUUCUUUCAAUUAUUGUUAUGUGUCAGAGAUUAAAAAGCUUUAACUAUAAAAACAAAAUUUUUACAUUUUUUUCACUCAGCUGAGUUAUUUUGUAAAAUGUACCCAUUUAUUGGUAAUACUUGUGGUUUUUAUUCUAGUUGCUUUUUUAAAAAAUUAUUUAUUUAUUGUAAUUAGGUAUAUAUGAUGGCAGAAUGCAUUUUGAUUCAUUGUACACAAUUGCAGCACAACUUUUCAUUUCUGAUUGUACAUGAUGUAAUGUCGCACCUUAUAUGCAGUCAUACACGUACCUAGGGUAAUAAUGUCCAUCUCAUUCCACCAUCUUUCCUGCCCCCAUACCUCCUCCUCCCUCCUCUUUACCCAAUCAAAGUUCCUCCAUUUUUCCAUGCCUGCCCUUCCUUAUGGAUCAGCACCCACUUAUCAGAAAGAACAUUUGGCCUUUGGAUUUUUGGGAUUGGCUUACUUCACUUAGCAUGAUAUUUUCUAACCCUAUCCAUUUACCUGCCAAUGCCAUAAUUUUAUUCUCUUUUAAUGUUGAGUAAUAUUCCAUUGUGUAUAUAUACCAGUUUCUUUAUCCAUUUGUCUACUGAAGGUUGGUUCCACAAUUUAGCUAUUGUGAAUUAUACUACUAUAAACACUGAUGUGGCUGCAUUACUAUAGUAUGCUGAUUUUAAGUCCUUUGGAUAUAGCCUGAGGAAUGGGAUAGCUGGGUCAAAUGGUGGUUCCAUUCUAAGUUUUCUAAGGAAUCUCCAUACUGUUUUCCAAAGUGGUUGCACCAAUUUGCAGUCCCACCAGCAAUGUAUGAGUGUACCUUUCCCCCCACAUCCUUGCCAACACUUAUUGUUGUUUCUAUUUCUUUCUAUUUCUAUUCUGUUGU